AUGGCCUCGUCGACAGACGAAAUGCCUGCAGUUGGUGAGAUUCUAUUCCCUACUUCAUCUCCAUCUCCUUAUCCAGAGCCUUCCGAAAGUAGCGGAUAUUCUUUGCUCUCUUCAGAUUCAUCAGAACAUUCUCCUCCACCAUCACCAUCUUACAUUGACGCCUUAGCCGCUGAAAUUGAAGCAGAGCAGCUUAAUCUCUCUCCAGACUACUCUCCUUCGCCAGCUCCUUACCCUUCUCCUCCUCCCUACAUUGAAGUUGAGGCUCCUGAAAUCUAUGAGCAAGCUCCAGCACCUGAACCGUCUUCUGUUUUUGGGUCGGGUCAGUCAGCAGAUACUGCGUCUGGUUCUCCAGACAUGGCUCCUCAUCCUACUGUAUUGCCAUUCGACUACAGAGCAGAGGAUGGGAGUGCUGAAUUUGAAGGUGAAGAUUAUAGUUCGGAACGAAGCAAGAAUCGGAUGACGAUGGUCGGAUUUGUGAUUGGUGCUAUUUGCUUGGUGGCAUUGGCUGGUUUUUUGUUUAAUAAGAAGAAGAAAGACAAUAAGCCAAGAUCAGAGGACCAGUACGAAUUGACCAGGAGGGAGGACGUCUGA